ACAGAGCAGCGCUCCGGGCUUCAUACAGAGUGCGGGACUACAACCGAACCGCUAAUGGAAGUACGCAAAAGCUGCGGGACCCAACAGACCAACACCAGCAGUAUGAGCGAGUCCACGCAGAGGUCCUGCGAGCCGCGCCGGAAGCGAACGGAGGAGCGGAAUGCGCAGUCAGACAUGGCUCGGAUCAUCACCGAUCCGGUCACGGGGAAGUGCUACUGCCGUGGGAAAGUUUUGGGAAAGGGAGGCUUUGCCAAGUGCUACGAGAUGACCGACCUCUCCACCGGAAAAGUUUACGCCGCAAAGAUCAUUCCACACGCGCGCGUCUCCAAACCUCACCAACGGGAGAAGAUUGACAGAGAAAUUGAGCUGCACAGAUUGCUGCACCACAAGCACAUUGUGCACUUUUAUCACCAUUUUGAAGACAAUGAGAAUAUCUACAUCCUGUUGGAGUACUGUAGUAGAAAAUCGUUAGCCCACAUCUUAAAGGCACGUAAAGUGCUCACAGAGCCAGAGGUGCGUUAUUACCUGAGGCAGAUUGUUUCCGGGCUAAAAUACCUGCACGAGCAGGAAAUCCUCCACAGAGAUCUGAAACUGGGUAAUUUUUUUGUGAGUGACACGAUGGAGCUGAAGGUCGGGGAUUUUGGUCUGGCUGCCAAGUUGGAGCCGGCAGGAAACCGAAGGAAGACGAUCUGUGGAACUCCCAACUACCUGUCUCCUGAGGUGCUCAACAAGCAGGGCCACGGCUGCGAGUCGGAUAUCUGGGCCCUGGGCUGCGUCAUGUAUACGAUGCUGUUGGGUCGUCCCCCGUUCGAAACCACAAACCUGAAGGAGACGUACCGGUGCAUCAGGGAGGCGCGUUACUCUCUCCCGUCCUCGCUGUCGCUGCAGGCCAAGCAGCUCAUCGCCAACCUGCUGGCUAAGAUUCCAGGGGACCGACCCGACCUGGACCACAUUCUGAGGCACGACUUCUUCACUCAGGGCUUCAGUCCAGAGCGUCUGCCGCCUAGCUGCUGCCACUCGGCACCAGAUUUCCACGUCUCUAGUCCUGCAAAGAGCUUCUUCAAGAAAGCUGCCGCCGCUCUGUUUGGUGGGAGAAGGGACAAGGUCAAGUACUACGAGACCCUGAACAAGUUGACUAAGGAGGAAGAGGAGAUCUACAAACUGCAGCAUGACUUGGAGAGAACCGUCAUCAGCCAGCAGCGGAGCAAAAAGACGUCUGAGAAUGGAAGUCCACUUCCGCCAUCUGCCGGGAGCCCCGUCGCCUUGGCAACAGAGAGUCAGUCUCCGACAACGCAAGAUCCCAUUCGUCUGAUCGUCCGGGGGAGUCUGGGCAGCUGCAGCAGCGAAUGUUUGGAGGACAGCACGACAGGAAGUGUUGCUGAGACCGUUGCUAGUGUGCUGAGAGGCUGUUUGGAGAACAUGCCCAAAGCCAGCGACACUCCUCAGUCGUUAAACAGCUUAAACCUUCAAUGGGUGACGAAAUGGGUGGACUACUCCAACAAGUACGGCUUUGGCUACCAGUUAUCUGAUCACACCGUGGGAGUCCUCUUCAACAACGGCACCCACAUGAGCCUCCUGCCAGAUAGAAAAACCAUUCAUUACUACGCCGAGUUGGGUCAGCGCUCCGUCUUUCCCACUUGCGAGGUUCCUGAGCACUUUGUGGGCCAGGUGACUGUGCUCAAGUACUUUUCACACUACAUGGAGGAAAAUCUCAUGGAUGGCGGAGACCUUGGCACCUUAAUGGAUGCACACUUGCCCGGACUCUACCUGCUGCAGUGGCUCAAGUCCGACCGCGCCCUCAUGAUGCUGUUUAACGACGGCACUUUCCAGGUCAACUUCUACCACGAUCACACCAAGAUCAUCCUGUGCUGCCACAGGGAUGAGUACAUGCUGACGUACAUCAAUGAGGAACGUGUGUCUAAAACCUUUAAACUCGGCUCCCUGCUGACAUCCGGCUGUCCCGCUGACCUGCGUCAGCGCAUGGUCUACUCCCUCAAUAUGCUCCUGCAGAGGUGCAGCUGAACCAGCAGGAGUGCGUUGAGGAGAACUGAAAACCGGACGGUCUAUCCGCUGUGUCGCCGCAGAGGAACGCGGACACGGUGGACUCAUGAAAGAUGGGCGGAUUGCAAAAAUAAACGAACGCUCCUACAGCACCGCACCGUGGCGCAGGCGAAGCCGUACCACAGAGACUGAGGAGAUGAGAUGUAGCACAAUGAAUGUCGACGUUAAAGGGCUGACUUGUACGUGGAAGGUUGGAAGGAAGGAGUGUGUUGGGACUAAAGAGAACACAGAUGAUUUUUUUUAAAGGGGAAUAAGGAACAGAUGAGUAAAUCCAAAUGCUGGGCUGGUACCAGCUGUUUCUGUGUACAGUUCAGUUUAACUCCAGAGACAUAAACCGACCCUCUGAACUCAACUGUGCUGUGUUUAAUUUCCCUCUGGGAUUAAUAAAGUGUGUUUGAAUUUGUAAA